GAAAGGCUAGAGGUUGUAGGAGGAAAAUUGUUACAGAAAAUCAAUGAGAGAAUGAACAACGCAAAACAAACUAAACGCAUGCCCAAAUUGAUCUCUGUGCUUUGUACAUUGUAGAAAAAUUCGGCAGCGGUGACGUUUUUCUAGUGCAAGUGCAAUAAUUACGUCUCAACACUUCCUAAUGUAAAGAAGAAAUAAAUUUACUGGGAUUUCAAGAUGGAUCUGUCCAUACAACCAGUGGACAUCAAACCCCAUAUUGAUGAUUUCCCAAAGAAAUUACAUGAUACUCAAGAUGCACAAAUGACGUCUAGCACAGUAUCCAGCCUCUCUUCACCUGUAGAUUCAGGUGUGCAGUUGCUGGAUAGCGAAAGUGAAGUCACAUCUGUUAUGUCAGUGAGCGGAUAUGCUUGUGAUAUAGAAAAUGUACCAGUUGAUACCAAUAAAAUAGAUAAAGAAUGUGAUUGUGAUUCUGUGGAGAUUGAUAAAAAAUUGCAGCUUGAUGAAAAACAUGAUGUUGAAAAGCCUUUUGUGGAAGAGGUUAAAUUAAUGACCAAAAGUGAUAUUAUAAAUCAAAAUGUAUAUGAAGAAUACAAGAAAAUGUCAUCUUCAGUUCCAACAUAUUUUGAUGAUAAGAAAUUCGAACAAGGUCCCAGUCCUAGGUUAGAACAGAGCUACAGUGAUGAUGUUUUUGAAAUGGAACAUCCCAUCAAGCAUGUAGAAAAUACUGAUAUUAUGAAUGUUUCCCUUACAAGCUACGAACUCUUGGAUUAUACUCUUCAAAAUAGGAACCUACCUGUGGACAAUCCAGACAUGCAUGUCAGUCUAUCUGAAGAAGUCAACGAAAACCUCAGACUCACUCUAAAUGCAGAACCCAUCCAACCGCAACCUUUGGUACCAAUACAAACUGUUUCUGAAGAAACAGCUAUCACUGAUAAUAAAUGUGAAGAACAAAUAGUAUUCAGAAGACAAAGAAAGAAAAAAUCCAAAUCAGACACUCCUAAAAAGAGAGUUUCCUUUCAUGAAGAUAUUCUAAAUAGCACAAAAAUCGAUGAUAUUCACAUUAAUCAUGGAUUUAUUACUCAUGAGCCUGAAGUAUCACUCAGUUUCUUCCAGAGGGGAUUUAUUAGAAAGCCAGAUGUUAUAAAGGGACGAUAUAGUUGGGCAGCUGAAGGAGACGCUCCUUACUAUGAAAAGUCAACGUCAGACCGUGAAGUAAAAUCAGAUAUUUACAUAAACCACCAGAAACACUCUUCUACAUCUUCUAGUUCCACCGGCAGCUCCAGCUCAAUCGAUGAAGAAGAUUCAGACGAAACGUUCGUUAAGAAAGAGCCGAGCUUGAAAUCAAAACCAAAAUCCAGUUGUUUGAAAAAAUCCAAGCAUCCUAAGAAAUAUAUCGAUACCAACAUCGUUCAGGAAGAAUUCACAAUAAAGAAAAAGCGAUCAGAGACAAAUCUUCUAGAUACAAAUAUUUUCGGCAGCUUGAAAAACAUUCUUAACUUUUCUACGUCAGUUCCGUUGGCUGAACGAGGAGUGCCUGAAGGCCAGGAAGACCUUUCGGUAUACUCGUCGUCUCACGAUGGAUCAAAUCGAAGAUCAAUGGGAGAUUUGAAACUGAAGUAUUUUGAAACUAUCGAGAUACCGCCACCAGCUGUGAACAAACUAAACGAAGCUAAGAACAAUUUGAAGCUAACAAAGAGCGAAGGGUUUUACCCCACAUAUCCGAACGUCCAACAGAAUUUGCCAGGGAAUAUUAUUCUUUGUGAUAGCAACGUUUAUGAACAUAAAGGGAUCAGUUAUUCAUAUGAAUAUGACAAGUUCCAAAAAACCUUCGAACAGCAACAGAAACCAAAAAGUUCAACGGUGUAUCAAAUGAUUCUUAAGGAAUUCAAUUUCUUCAGAAGAAGAGCCAGAGAAGAACUCCAAAACGAGCCUGAAGAAGAUUUUGAGAUAAUCAGUAAUAAUGCUUCAACUCCUGUUAAAAGUAAUCCCGAUGAGGCAGAGGUCGAGCAAGUCGAAGAAGUUGUAGUAUUCGAAACAAAAGCAAGCAGUAGUAGUAGUAGUAACGGAUUAAACAAGUUUUCGAAGAUGGAUUGGUCUGAUAACGACACGAUAUCGGACUUUGUGGAGCCACCGCACCCAAGACAUCUUAGCUCGCCAAAGAGAAAAAUCAGCAAGUCCAAUCACUACUCAAUCAGCAACUCAUUCAAACCUACCAUUCAGGAAAGACUUGAUGACACAGAUAUGGCUAAAUCUUUACCUUCCCUUCGCCCUUCCACUUCAAAAACGUCUCUGAUCAACCGAUUCCUAAAAAACGUAACUUUGAAGAAAAUGUUGGAUGCUAAGAUUCAAAGUAGACAGAAAUGUACUAGAAGGGUCGUUAAUUUGUUUAUAAAAGGAGUCAAACAAGUGCCCGCAAGUGACGACAUUGAUAGGGAAUUGGAAAAAGAGAUUGGGGUUGGUAGGAAAAAGUUAACCUAUUCUUCAGAUAAUUUGGAUAAGAAAAUGGUUUUGCAGUUAAGAAAGGAGAUUUUUAGAAAUAAAUUUGAAAAAUUGCUUAGGGUAUUUUGUGUCCGAAGCGCUUACACAACAAACGGAGAAUCCAAACCAUUAUUAGCAAUCUUAACAGAAAACACCUUAUACAUCGCUAACGCCAAACCGACCGGCUCAUACACGAACCAUUUCGUCCUUCCCUACACUGAUCUAAACACCAUCCUAAUCGGACCCCAAGGUCAGACAAUCCACUUUUCUAAUUACGACCGAGAAAUGCAAUGCAUCAUUUGUACCGGGUGUUCUAGUUUGACAGGAGAGUUGGUAGGACAGCUGGAAAUCGCGAUGAGGAAGGAUGCCAAUAAGCCCAAGUUACCGGCUGUUCGGCAGCUGGCUAUGAGAGAUAUGGUUAAUUUAAGGAGGGCUAUAUGCAAACAGACGUCAGUGCAUAAGGACGAAGAGUAUUACUACUACAGUAUUGUUAAUGUCCAAGACUGUACGACCGAAUUAGAUCCCACACCUUUAGGACCUAAUAAAGAAGGUCCGUUAAUGUUUAAAACUCCCGAAUCAGAAUCAUCCCGAUGGGAAACUGCUUAUUUCAUUUUAAAAGCUGGAGUUUUAUACAUGUUGUCCUCGCCGUCCCAGAGGGUACCUAUGAGAGUAUUUCCACUUAUCAACGGUUCUUGUCACGGUGCUAGAAGGGUUAUCAACAGUGCUAGGCCCCAUACGUUCCAGGUCAUCGUAGAAGGGAAAAGUUUGCUUCUCGCCGCCCCCAAUGAAUAUGUUGCUAGCGAAUGGUUACAGGAGCUGGUGCAUGCAGCUAGUGGGGUAUAUAAUCAUCACAAAGAAAGGAACCCGACACAGUCGUGUUCUUUAUUGAUGACUAGCGAGCACAUUUUAACUGUAAGAGAAGCGUUUCCCAAUAUUUUGAACAGUUUGCUGACUUCGCGAAGUCACCAUGAACCUAUCAAAGGAACUCAAGCCUUGUCGUGUGCCUCUAUCGUAGAUUUAACAGCUUUUCGAUUGCCGUCUGCUGAGCAGAGUUGGUGUAUAUUGGAAUUUGCUUGUAGAGAGGUUCACGAAUAUAGCGGAGAUUGGAUUCUAUAUUUUUCGACAAAUAUAGAACUGGAAAAAUUCAUAUCUACUCUUGAGAACCUUUGGCACUAUAACAAUGAAACGGGAGACAGUUUCCCGCUCAGCACUAUCCCAGAAACGGACCCAUUAAGUAAGAAAUGUGUAGACGUGUAUACCUCCCUUAUUGGAUUGUGGCCGUCGAAUUCUAAUACUGUUUUACUUCAGUUUUUGUAAAUCAAAAUAUUAACCAAUCCGUUUAAUGUUAAGUAUACAUCAAUUUUUUUUUUUUUUUCGAAUAGUUAUUAUGGCGCUGUGAUAUUUGCAACAUACAUAAGUAAUUUCGGUAACAAUUUUACUGUACCAGAAAGUAUAUUAUUAAAGGAUUCACUAGGUUGGUGAACU